UUCCUUCAAGGAUCCAUGCACAAAUUUGCCUGCAUUUAGAUACACUAUUAUGAGCCAAGAGAGAUUGGUUCGGAAAAGCUUAUUAUGAAUGAGAAGAAACAUCGAUAAAAAAUUAAAAACAAUCAAACACGAGAAGAUGGAUCGCAUGAUGAUGAUGAUUGAGGAGUGUUGGAUAAAGUGAAAGAAAGUCACAGAAUGCGUGCGUAUGAAGAAGAAGGGAGAUAGAUGCUCGUUUUCUCAUGCUUCGGUCGGAAGACGAACGCAAUAAUGUGUACUUCUCAGCCUCAAACUUUUUCUCUUCCCUCUCCGAUCCCGAAUUGGCCUCACGCAAUGCUAUGCAGGACAAAAAGAAUGCUGUUGUGUUCUAUAAGCCUGUCGAAAUACCUCAGGGUUUCCACAUCCUUGGCCAUUAUUGUCAACCUAGCAACAAGCCUUUAAGGGGUUUUGUGCUUGUUGCUAAGGAAGUUGAAACUAAUCAUUGCGAUGAUCACGACAAGCUACCUCCCCUGAGGAAUCCCCUGAAUUUUGAGUUAGUUUGGAGUUCGAAUGCAGGAAAUCGUGAAACUCUGAGUGGUUGUGGUUACUUUUGGAUACCUGAGCCUCCAGAAGGUUACAAGGCAGUUGGAUACUUGGUUACUGACAAUCCUAAUAAGCCUCAGUUGGAUGAAAUCUGCUGUGUUCGUUCUGACCUCACUGAUAAAUGCGAGCCUUACCGCCUAUUACUCGCUGUAAAUUCUAAAAUUCCAGAGCUUUCAUUUCAGGCUUGGAACUUGAGACCUUGUGAUCGCAGCGUUCAAGGGCAAGGAGUUCCAGUUGGGUCCUUUUUCUGUAGUAACGGAUGCUGGAACAUCGGUGAAGAGCUUCCAAUUGCAUGCUUGAGGAACCUAAAUCCUGUUCAACAAACAAUGCCAAACCUGGAACAGAUACAUGCACUUAUCCAGCAUUAUGGUCCUACCAUUUUCUUUCAUCCGGAAGAAGUUUACUUGCCGUCUUCUGUGGUCUGGUAUUUCAACAAUGGAGCUUGCUUGUACAGAAAGGGUGUAACUACAGGCGAGGCAAUUGAUGAAACCGGCUCAAAUCUACCUCGUGGAGGAACGAAUGACAAGGAGUUUUGGAUAGACUUGCCAAGUGAUGAUAGAAAGGACUUUCUCAAACGCGGGGACUUGCAAAGUGCAAGGCUUUAUGUUCAUGUGAAGCCGGCACUUGGUGGAACUUUCACAGACAUUGCAAUGUGGAUUUUCUGUCCAUUCAAUGGACCAGCCACUCUUAAAAUUGGAAUGAAAAACAUACCUUUAAGCAAGAUUGGAGAGCAUGUUGGUGAUUGGGAGCAUUUCACACUUAGAGUAUGCAAUUUCAAUGGAGAAUUAUAUAGUAUAUACUACUCACAGCAUAGUGGGGGAGAAUGGGUUGAUGCAUAUGAUUUAGAAUACAUUGAUGGAAACAAAGCUAUUGUUUACUCUUCAAAAAAUGGGCAUGCUAGUUACCCUCAUCCUGGAACCUUUAUCCAAGGUUCUUCAAAACUUGGAGUUGGGAUCAGAAACGAUGCGUGUCGAAGCAACUUUUAUGUGAAUUCAAGUGUUCACUAUGAGAUUGUUGCAGCUGAAUAUCUUGGAGAUGCUGUCAAGGAGCCUCUGUGGUUGCAGUAUAUGAGAGAGUGGGGGCCAAAAAUCGUUUAUGAUUCGAGAACUGAGAUUGAUAGGAUAAUCGAUGCGCUUCCGCGAAUGCUUCGGUUCUCAGUGAAGAACUUCUUUAACAAGCUUCCAGUGGAGCUGUAUGGUGAGGAAGGUCCUACAGGGCCAAAAGAGAAAAACAAUUGGACAGGAGAUGAAAGAUGGUGAUUUUUUUUUCUUCUUCUAUUUUUCUGUUUAUGUAACAUUUGAUUGGUUUGUUAACACUGCAAAUUCUAGGCUGGUAACAUUGUAGUUUAUGUAUACAUUCAAAUUAUACACACGUACACAGUGAGGGAAGAAGGGGGGCAAAAUUAUGUUGUAGUAGUUUUUUGGGUGGUGCUUCCCUUGUUGGGUGUUCUGACUUGGGACAGUCAUUGAUUUGUACAUUACGGAUAUAAAGCAAAAUUUAUAAAGAUUCAA